AUGAUUUGUAAUGCUAUAUGGAAUGACCCAAAUGUUGAUUUUUCUUAUCUGCUGUCGAUUGGUGCGUCAGGAGGGUUAAUUACUCUUUGGGACCGUAAAGAAGUUGAUGUGUGGAUGUCUUUUUCUUUUGGGCAUGUUUUAGGCAUUCAAGGAUGUUUUGUGAAGACUGGUGAACAUUUUACUUUAUUUAAUGUUUAUGCUCCGUGUGAUCAUAAUCGUCAACAGGUUCUCUGGCAAAAUAUUUUUGUUCGUUUGGCUUGCUUGAAUGAUCUUAAUAUCUGUCUUUGUGGGGAUUUUAACGCGGUCCGGUGUAUGGAGGAAAGACGUAGUGUGGGAAGUGUCGGUAUCAGUGGUGGUAGCGCCCUCUUUAAUCAGUUGAUUAAUGAUAAUUUUCUGGUUGACUUACCUCUCCGGGGUCGCAGCUUCACGUGGUACCGAGGGGAUGGGAGGUCUAUGAGUCGUCUUGAUCGCUUUUUAUUAUCAGAUAGGUGGUGUCAGACGUGGCCUAAUUGUUUUCAGCUGGCUUCGACUCGGGGACUAUCAGAUCAUUGUCCUAUUCAUCUUUGUAUUGAUAUUGAAAAUUGGGGACCCCGACCGGUUCGCAUGUUAAAAUGUUGGGAGAACUUUCAAGGUUAUCAGUCUUUUGUUUGCGAAAAAUGGAAUUAUAUUCAAGUGGAAGGCUGGGGUGGCUAUGUUUUGAAAGAAAAACUAAAGUUAAUUAAGUUCGCUUUAAAGGAAUGGCAUCAGCGUCACUCAAAGAAUUUACCUGCUAGAAUGUCUUCCUUAAAGGAUCAAAUUACUGCUCUUGUAUUGAAGGGUGAGGAAUCGGUUUUGGUGGACGAUGAGAUAGAGGAGUUGCAUGGUGUUUCCGAGGAGUUGUUUUCGUUGUCUCAGAUAAAUUCUAGUAUUUGUUGGCAACAGUCUCGGAUGCAAUGGUUACGUGAAGGGGAUGCGAAUACUAAGUUCUUUCACAACAUUAUGUCUAGCAGGAGCCGUCAAAAUGCUAUUCCGUUCUUCUUGGUGGACAGUGUGUUGGUGGAAGGUGUAGCUAAUGUCCGGUCAGCAGUGUAUAAUCAUAUUUUUCAUAUCACUUUCAACAACAUAAUGCAAAUCGGCCUUCUAUGGAUGCGUUACAGUUUCGUUCCUUAUCUUGUCAAGACGGGGCAGGACUUUUGGGAUUUAUUGAAGGAUGAGGUGAUGCGUUUUUUGGUGGAUUUUCAUAGAAAUGGAAAGUUGGCUAAAGGGAUAAAUAGUACGUUCGUUGCUCUUAUUCCUAAGGUUGACAAUCCUCAGCGCCUGAAUGAUUUUAGGACUAUUUCAUUGGUGGGAAGUUUGUAUAAAAUAUUGGCGAAGGUUCUUGCGAAUAAACUUCGAUUGAUUAUUGAUUUUGUCAUUUCUGAUUCACAGUCGGCUUUUGUGAAAGGUCGUCAGAUUCUUGAUGGGAUUUUGGUGGCUAAUGAGAUAGUUGAUGAAGCUCGAAAACGUAAGAGGGAGUUGUUACUUUUCAAAGUAGAUUUUGAGAAGGCUUAUGACUCCAUUGAUUGA